GCAGACCUGAAAAUAUAUACACUGUACUUUUUGUUUUUGAUUUAGCAUUGGCCAUUGAUAUAAAUUGAUCUAAACAAAAUUUAGUAAGUUUUUAGCUUAUGGUUUACAAUUAAUUAAAUACUCUUAUUUCUUAAAUUACUGAUGUUUAGAUAUUAAAUUUUUUAAAUAUGGAAAGUAAAGUGUGUAAAGUAAUUAACGCUAAGAGAAUCCACAGUGACGACGAUGACGAUAAUAGAACUUCAAAACAAACCAAGAAGAACUCUAGUAGAGAUCAUUCAUCAACGAAAGAUAAAUAUGACAAUGCUGGUAGUCGUAAUUAUGAAGAGUUAAAAGUCGGUGAUCCAUACUACUCGGGUGGAACUGCUACUGAUACCAAACGUAAAGUUGAGGAUCGGUAUAAGGAUGAAUCUAGACAUAGAAGACGUCAGAGGACUAGAGAUUGUCAAGAAAAAGAAAACAGAUUUAGAAAUGCAGACAGCAAAAAAGAGGRAAAAAUCGGUGCUCCAUACUAUUCUGGAGGAAUAGCAGGAAUCGAUGAACGYGAGAGUGGUGAAGAAACAAGCAAUGAUGAUGAUGAUGAUAAAAUUGGUCAACGGUACUAUUCCACAGAAACUGAUACUCAAAGAAAAAAUAGUGAAAACUAUUGGAACAAAUAUGCAAACAAAGAUAAAAGGCAAAACGGUGAUCUAAAUGAUGUACCAUUACAUCAGAAAAAAACUGUGGAAUUACUUACUUCUAAAACUGGAGGUGCUUACAUUCCACCUGCAAAAUUGAGAAUGAUGCAAGAAAGUAUCACAGAUAAGUCAAGUGCUGCAUAUCAAAGAAUUGCUUGGGAGGCAUUGAAAAAAUCAAUACACGGUUUAACUAACAAGAUUAAUGUAGACAAUAUAGGAAAAGUUACUAGAGACUUACUACGAGAAAAUAUUGUUCGGGGUAGAGGUUUACUAUGCCGGUCUAUUAUGCAAGCUCAAUUAGCUUCAACAACUUAUACCCAUGUGUAUGCUGCUUUAGUGGCCAUCAUAAAUACAAAAUUUCCAAACAUUGGAGAAUUACUAUUGACAAGAUGUAUUGUACAAUUUAAAAGAGCAUAUCGUAGAAGUGAAAAAUCUCAAUGUUUAGGAUCAGUAACAUUUAUUGCUCAUUUGAUUAAUCAAAGUGUUGCACAUGAAAUAUUGGCUUUAGAGUUAUUAACUUUAUUUGUAGAGACACCUACCGAAGAUUCAAUAGAAGUAGCUGUAGCCUUUUUGAAAGAAUGUGGACAAAAAAUGAGUCAAGUCAGUAAAAAAGGAAUGAAUGCCAUAUUUGAUAUGUUACGCAAUAUAUUACAUGAUGGGAAACUUGAUAAAAGGGUUCAAUAUAUGAUAGAAGUAAUGUUUCAAGUACGCAAAGAUGAAUUCAAAGAUCACCCAGCUGUAAUUGAACAACUUGAUUUAGUACCAGAAGAGGAUCAGUUUACUCAUUUAUUAACCUUAGACUCUGCUAAAGAUCCUCAAGAUAUUCUCAAUGUAUAUAAAUUUGAUCCGGACUUUGAAGCUAAUGAAGAACGUUAUAAAUCAUUAAGAGCAGAAAUAUUAGGGUCAGACAAUGAAGAUGAUAGCGAUACAGAAAACGAUGGUGAUAAUGAUGAUGAUGAUGAUGAUGAUGAUGAUGAAGAAGAUGAUGGUGAAGAGAAAGAAGUGGAGUUGAAAUUAGCUUUUGAAGGAAUUUUCCCUAAAGACAACCCUAAAAAUACUAGGUUUUCUAUCAAUUUUUUCACCUCUAUUGGUUUGGGAGKCUUAACUGACGAAUUGAGAGACUUUUUAAAAGCACAACCCAAACAAGUGCCUGCUGUUGCUAAAAUCAUCGACCAGCUGUCAGAAUCAUCAGAUAGUGACAGUGACAGUAGUUCAAGUAGCAGUAGUAGCAGCAGUAGCAGUAGCAGCAGCGAUAGUGAUUCCAGCAAUAGCAGCAGCAGCAGCAGUGGUAACAAUAGUUCAAAUGACAAAAGAAAUAAAAAAAGAAAAGAUCACGAUAAAUCAAAACAAAACGCAGAAAGAAAAGAAAAUGAAAAACCUAAAAAAAACGARAAAAGAAAUGAAGUAGAUAAACCGAGAAGGCAUGAAGAAAAAAAGAACAAAGAUAUGCCUAAACAAAAAGAAUAUAGAAAUGAAAAUGAUAAUUGGAGAAAAAAUGAAGAUAAAAAAGAUAAUGAUAAAUCGAGAAAAUUCGAAGAAAGAAACAAUAAAUCUAGAAGAUAUGAAGGAAGAAAAGAAAAUAAUGAUAAACCUAAAAGAUAUGAGGAAAAAAGAGAUAAUAAUAUUUCAAGACAUAAUGGAGAGAGAAAGGAUAAUGACCGAUCUAGAAGAAAAGAAGAUAAAAAUGAAAAUGAUAYACCGAAAAAAAAUGAAGAGAGAAAUGAAAACUACAAACCUAGAAAAAAUGAAGAAAGAAAAGAAAAUKAUGGACCAAGAAGAAAUGAAGAAAGAAGGGAAAAUGAUAGACACAAUAGAAGUGAAAUUGACAAAUCUAAAAAAAAUGAAAUUGAAAAAUAUCGAAGAAAUGAAGACAGAAGGGAAAAUGAUAGAUCUUCAAGAAGAAAUGAGGAGGGGAAAGAAAAUGAUAGACUUGGAAGAAAACGAUAAUUAGACAGUUUAGUUUUAUAUUAUUUUUACUUUUAAAUAUUCACAUACAUUUUAUAAUAUUAAUACAAGUAAAGCAUUCAAU